UAGAAGAAGAAGAAAACGAGGACGAAGAGCGUCUGUCUGGAUAACAAGUGCCCGUGCUUCCAGAUUGGCCGAGCUUUCCUGUUUCCCUCGCACGUUCACUCCCUAUACAUUCCUUUCUGUCGUCGCCGAAACAUAGACAAUCCAACAACAUACGUACCAGCAUCAAACAUUCGAGGAAGCGCCAUCUACUAGCGAGGGACCUAUCAUGUUCCAAAAUACUGCUCAGCAAAGCUCCCUCUUUGGAGGUGCAGCGGCUGAUCAAUCAGCAAAACGAAGUCUAUUCGAUCUUGGAGGUUCACAAGCCCAAACGCAGCAGCAGCAGCAACCACAAAAAUCUACUCCAUUCGGGACCUUCUCAUCGACCCUAUCCAACACGCCGACUCUGAUCGGCCAGCCAGCAAGUGCUCCCUCCUUCGGCCAAAGCACCACACAAGGCAAUCUGGGCUCUUCGCUUUUUGCGAAUCAGCCAGGUGCGCAAGCCCAGGCGCAAGCGCAGCCACAGGCACAGCCAGCGAUACAGUCCAUUUCCGCUUCUCAGUCUACACAACCCGCGUACUUUAGUAGCUUGUUGGAGCGUGGUAAGAAACGCCCACAUCCAUCUAUCGGAGAUGUUGCUUCCGCCGACCUUCCUAAUCUCCAGCUUGGUUUGGAUGAUAUUCGGAGAGCUGCGCGGGGUUUGGGGGCGGCCGGUGAGCGCGGAGGACAGGGGCCUAAACGUGCUGAUAAUAAAGCACAUUACUCUCUGGCUGCCUCCGGUAUCUCCCCGGGCCAAGUUUUGCAGGAUCUAAAAAUGUUGGGUAACCAAACCACGGCGAGCAGCCCGUUCAAGCAUACCGAUAAGUUCGAUCCCGACAAUCAAAAGUUCCUACGACAAGUUCAGCAGCGUGGGAGGGAGGCGAUAGUUGCUGAAAGUCUUGCUCGUGUCCGUAAGGACUUUGACGCGUUUCUCGAGGAGAAAGUGAACGUCAAUUGGGACGAGCAGCGUCAAAAAAUCUAUGAACACUUUGGUUUGACGACCAGAGAUGAUUCUGCGCGGGGGAAAUCUGAUUCUUCCCGCGGCGCCUUCGGGAAAUCAGCAACGCUGGGACGGUCCGCUGGAGGACCAGGAGUGCCGCGGAGUGGAGAAGCGAGUGGCAGGCGCAGCGUAUUUGGUCGAUCAGCGUUGGGGAAAUCUGUCAUUGGGUCUCCUUCAAUUAGUGGGCGUGCUCCCCAGUCUCUUUCUGAUUCUGUUAUGCGGAGCGAAGGGGCUGCCGGUAUGGCGUCCGCUGAUUCUCGUUUCCUGAGGGAAAAAAUUCGGCACUUUGCGACGAACGUUCAGGCACUCAAUGAAGCAAGACUUCAAGAAAGGGUGUUCCCAAUUCUACACCAAUUUGCAGAAACUGAGCGGGUCGCUGGAGGGGAUGUUCCACGGCAAUUAAUUGAAGCUUAUCAUGCGUUGAUCAGCAUGGUAAAUGAAAGUCCAAACUCCACUAGCCUUUCAGAGCCCGGUGUACUCAAGGAACGCCAAUUUGCGGACGACUACCUAGAUGAUACUUUCCACUCCGUUGGAGCGACGAGGAUGAGAAAGAGAAUUAUUGAAGGGUCCAGAAAGUUUUUGGAACAGUUGUUUUACAAAGAAGUCGAAACUAUUAUUGCAAAGAACCCCCGCGAAGCCCAGCUUGGUGGAGUCCCUUCUAUAACCAACAAGAUUCGCGCCUACAUUCGCCUUCGUGCCGCACGUAAGGACCUUGCCCCUGAUGGCAUGGAACUCCAAAUGGUAGGCCAGGAUUACUGCUGGAUCCUCAUCUUUUAUCUCCUCAGAUGUGGCUUUGUUAAGGAAGCAGCGGAAUAUGUGAGCCAGGAUCCGGGAUUCCGGUCCCUUGAUCACAAGUUUGUUACCUACAUGACAACCUAUGCCCAGAGCAGAAGACUUCCUAGAGACCUUCAGCAGAAAAUCAAUGGAGAGUAUCAGCAGCGCUUACGCAAUGCCCCGGAGAAUACCGUCGACCCAUAUCGCAUGGCAUGUUAUAAAAUCAUUGGUCGCUGUGACCUGAGCCAACGUCGGUUUGACAGUAUCGGGCAGGGUGUAGAGGAUUGGAUGUGGCUACAGUUCGUUUUCGCCAGGGAAGAUAGCCGAACCGAAGAAGUGGCUGGAGAACUCUUUGGACUGGAGGAAAUUCAGAGCGAUAUCACGGAAAUUGGGCAGCGGGUGUUUGGAAAGGGUCAGGAUGGUCCGGGCGGCUAUGGGACUUUCUUCCUCCUCCAGAUCCUCGGAGGCAUGUUCGAACAGGCCAUAGCGUGUCUUGCGGAUCACGCGCCGAUCAGUGCUGUGCAUUUCGCAAUUGCUCUGGAUUUCUAUGGACUACUCCGCGUUUCCGACUUUUACACGUCAGGCGACGAACUUUUGACCUUUAGCACGAAGCAAGCUCCUCAGAUCAACUUCGCAUCACUCAUUACGCAGUACACUCGCGAAUUCCGCACCGGAUAUGUUGAAGCUGCAGUCGAUUAUUUUACCCUUAUAUGCCUGAAUGCGGAUCUUCCGGGAGAGCUUGGCAAAUCACAAGCCUCAGUCUGCCAUGAAGCACUGAGGGAAUUCAUUUUGGAGACUCGAGACUUCGCCAUUCUGCUAGGAGAUAUUCGCAGCGACGGCAACCGAAUCAAGGGCGUAAUCGAACGGCGGCUCAAGCUCAUCAAACUUAUCGACCAGGAGGAAUUCUUAAAGACCAUCACUGUUCAAGCAGCAGCGGUGGCUGAUGAUAAGGGACUCAUUGCAGAUGCCGUUCUAUUAUACCACCUGGCGGAAGAAUACGACAAUGUUAUCUCUAUCAUCAACCGCGCCCUUGCGGAUGCCGUCGCGGUGGAUUUGGGUGACUCAGCAAAGAAGCUGCAGCCCUUAAAACCACGAACCACACCGGACAGCCAGGGACAGCCACAGCAGCAGCCCCAACAAGCAGGUGCCCCCACUGAACAAGGAAGCAGCCUUAGUCUCACGGCGGUUGACGAUCCGGUUGUCCUCGCUAAGAACAUGAUUGGCCUCUAUAAUACCAACGCGCUUUACUAUCAGAAAAUACAUCAGAUCAACCGGGAUGCAUGUGGUUUGUUGCUGCGCACGAUGGAAGCAAAGGCGAACGUUGAAGCUGGGAAAUGGGCUCAGGCACUAGAUGAUAUAAACAAUCUCCAAAUACUGCCAUUGCGAGCUCAGGGCUCGGUCCCAUACAUUCGUAGUGCCGCACAGGCAUUCCCAUCCCUUCCCCCGGUCAUCUCUAGAAAUGCCGGCCAGCUAAUUAUGUGGAGUAUGAUGUGCAUCGGUCGCGAACGAGAAAGACUUCAACAAGGAGCCUAUGCGAAUGACAUGAGACAGAGCUUGGCGGAUGAGCUUCUCGUGAUGGCGAAAGACUUAAUGGUUUUCGCAGGUAUGAUCAAGUACAAGUUGCCGCCGCGGGUCUAUGAGAUGCUAGCUAAAGCGGGUGGAGAGAUUGGGUUGUAAUGAUGUUCUGAGUAUUUGUUUGACGUGCUGGGUAGAAAGCGCUUCUUAUAUCCUCUUCUUUUAAAUGCAGCUUUUUAUUUUGACAUUAUUUUUGUUCGAUAUAUUAUCUGUUUAUGUUUGUUUCGUACCCAGGAAAGGUGAUUGGCCCUGCCUGGCCUUGGAGAUGGAUAUACCUAUACCCAUUUAAACAUACUAGGAAGAAAUAGAACAAUGAUGUCGUAUUCCUAUUUCUCACAUUUGAAGCAAUUGAUUUUAAUGUGCAGAAUAUUUAAUCUAGCCCAAGCUUUGUCCUGCGGCAGAUCGAACUCUGGGGAUAUGAACAGUCUUCGGAGGUGAAUAAAAAGCAAUACACUAUAGCCUGGUAAUUUUACAUCCACCCAAUCGAG